GGGCUCGGGCGGCGGAGAGCUCGGCCGGGGCGGCUCAGCGCGAGCAGAGGAGGGUCGAGCCGGGAGAGGGGUCUGAGCGCCGAUCGCGGGCGGGCGGCAGGAUGUUCAGCUGGAUGGGGCGGCAGGCGGGCGGGCGCGAGCGCGCGGGCGGCGCCGACGCGGUGCAGACGGUGACCGGCGGCUUGCGCUCGCUCUAUCUGCGCAAGGUGCUGCCUCUGGAAGAGGCGUACCGCUUCCACGAGUUCCACUCGCCGGCGCUGGAGGACGCCGACUUCGAGAACAAGCCCAUGAUCCUGUUGGUGGGCCAGUACAGCACCGGCAAGACCACCUUCAUCAGAUACUUGCUGGAGCAGGAUUUCCCAGGCAUGAGGAUUGGUCCAGAGCCCACCACUGACUCCUUCAUUGCUGUGAUGUACGGAGAGACCGAGGGCAGCACCCCAGGGAAUGCUUUAGUCGUGGAUCCCAAAAAACCAUUUAGAAAGCUUAGCCGCUUUGGAAAUGCUUUCCUGAAUCGAUUCAUGUGCUCCCAGCUGCCCAAUCAGGUCCUGAAGAGUAUCAGCAUCAUCGACAGCCCUGGCAUCCUUUCUGGGGAGAAGCAGCGGAUCAGCCGAGGGUACGACUUCUGCCAGGUCCUGCAGUGGUUUGCUGAGAGGGUCGACAGGAUCAUCCUGCUCUUCGACGCUCACAAACUGGACAUCUCAGAUGAGUUCUCAGAGGCCAUCAAGGCCUUCCGGGGCCAGGAUGACAAGAUCCGUGUGGUACUGAACAAGGCCGACCAGGUGGACACACAGCAGCUGAUGCGGGUUUACGGGGCCCUCAUGUGGUCUCUGGGCAAAGUCAUCAACACACCUGAGGUGCUGCGUGUCUACAUUGGCUCCUUCUGGGCACAACCCCUGCAGAAUACAGACAACCGCCGGCUCUUUGAGGCCGAGGCCCAGGACCUCUUCAGAGACAUCCAGAGCCUUCCCCAGAAGGCAGCAGUGCGCAAACUCAACGACCUCAUCAAGCGAGCGAGGCUGGCCAAGGUACAUGCCUACAUCAUCAGCCACCUGAAGAAGGAGAUGCCAAGUGUCUUUGGAAAGGAGAACAAGAAGAGAGAGCUGAUCAGCAGAUUACCAGAAAUCUACAUUCAACUGCAGCGAGAAUACCAGAUUUCUGCAGGGGACUUCCCCGAGGUCAAGGCAAUGCAGGAACAGCUCGAGAACUACGACUUCACCAAAUUCCACUCACUGAAGCCCAAGCUGAUUGAGGCCGUGGACAACAUGCUGAGCAGCAAGAUCUCGUCCCUGAUGAACCUCAUCAGUCAGGAAGAGAUGAGCAUGCCCACGCAGCUCGUGCAGGGUGGCGCCUUUGACGGCACCACUGAGGGCCCCUUCAACCAGGGCUACGGGGAGGGUGCCAAAGAGGGCGCCGACGAGGAAGAGUGGGUCGUGGCCAAAGACAAGCCCGUCUACGACGAGCUCUUCUACACUCUGUCACCCAUCAAUGGCAAGAUAUCGGGUGUCAAUGCCAAGAAGGAGAUGGUGACCUCCAAGCUGCCCAACAGUGUCCUGGGCAAGAUCUGGAAGCUGGCCGACUGUGACUGCGACGGCAUGCUGGACGAGGAGGAGUUCGCACUGGCCAAGCACCUCAUCAAGAUCAAGCUGGAUGGCUAUGAACUGCCCACCAGCCUGCCCCCCCACCUCGUGCCCCCCUCUCACAGGAAGUCCCUGCAGAAAGCUGACUGAGGGGCCGGCCAAGAACAGGGUGGGCCAUGGGGGGCGGGAACCGAGGGUCCUGGGCCCAAGACCAGCUCUGCCACUGACUCACCAAAUUACCUUGGACAAGGCACUGCCCUCUCCGUGCCUUGGUUUCCCCAUCUUUAGAAUGCAAAGAGCAGACACUGGACACUGGAUGAGGUCCUUUCCACUCUAAAAUUCCCUGAGUUUCUGUUAAAAUACUGAGAGACCUGGGGGGAUGAAUAAGGAGAUUAAAGGGUUGAGAAGGAAGGGAAUUGGCCUAAGAAUACCCAGAAGCCUGGUGAAACACAUAUGGAGAGGGGUUUGGUGGAAUCCCAGGAACCGCGAGAACUGAGCUGGGCCUCUGCCUGGGCUGUUUGUCCUCAUGAACGACCUCUGGAGCACCUGUCUGUCCCUCUGUGGGCACCAGAAUGCAGCACAGAUGAUCUUAUUUAUUGUUUAUUUUGUGUUCUGCUAUAUUUAGAGUGGGAAAAAUUAGAGUAGAGGAUUUCUUCUCUCUCCAGACUAUCUACCAAAGAGAAGACAACAGACAGCCCAGGUUUGGAAGGAGGAUGCACCUCUGUGCACCCGCAUCUCUCCUGCAGGCUCCAGCAGAGCAGGCAACCAGGCCCCAGCAAGAAUCCGCCACCACCCUGCUGACUAGAUGGCCAACUCCCCUCCCCCCCACAACCCCCUAGGCCUUCCCCAGGGGCCUUCCUAGCAAAGCUGUAUUGAGUCAGGGAUUUGCAACUCACAACCUUUAUUAACCCCUGGAAAGACUUCUGAUUUGCAUUUCAAGCCAUAUUGAAGUCUAAAGAUGAGCUUUUCUUACUGGUUUGGCCACUAAGUUAUAGCAAAGCCUAUUUAUCAUACUUAAACUACAGUAAGGAAAAGAGGUGGUUCUCCUCACACAUCGCUUAGUGUGACCCUCAACCAUUACGCCUCCCAAGGCUCCUCGGUGGAGGGCAGAAUUGAAAUACUGCAGAAACCUGUCUUGGCAUGUGCAGUGUCCUAGGCCCUGUGGGCCGGAGUUGACUGAGAGACCAGCCUUGCCCGGGACUGUUGUGUAUGAGAGAUCAGCUUGCCAGAAUUAGACAGUAGCUUUGUAGAAAACAGGCAUUUCUUAUAUCCAGGUUUUUUUCUUACAGGAUGAAAGCCUUUAUACAGAAACAAAAUGAACUCUUUCAUAUAAAACCUUUUUUCCAAA